GUCUGAGUUUAUUUUUGUAAGAUUACAACAAUAAUGAAAUGAUACAGACCUGAAUUUCAAUUGUAAGAAGCAAAUUUUCUUUUCGAUUACCUAAGCAAAAUAACAAAUUGCUUUCUCUUUAAAGUAAAAAUAAUGAAAAAUGUAAAGAAUAUAUUAGGGAUAUUUAGAAUAUGAAUAUUCUGACUUCUAGAAGAAAGUAUAUUGGAUAGCUCAUAUUUAAUACAGAAAUGAUUACUUAUUUGGCAAAACAAAAAUGAGUAUUUAGAACAAAUAGAAAGCAAGCAAAAAUUAUUUAAUUAAAAUGCUUCAAUCUAAUAGUCCAAAGCUUGUUCUAGACCAGAGUAGCAUCUUAUAUAAUUUUUUUUUAAUUGUAAUUUCACCCAAAAAAAUUAUUUUUUAUUACUCAAAUUAGCGAUAUGGAACAGAUUUAAUUUCAAGGUAAUAUAUUCUUAAAAAUGAUUAUUUUCUAAAUUGGUUUGUCAAAAUUAAAGUAUUUUCUAAAGAAAAAGAAAAAAAUCUUACAAAGAACGACAAAAGGUGUUAGCGUCUGCCAUCAAGAGCAACUGUUUGUAAUUCAGUUGGAAGUUCGUUGGGUUUGGUGCUUGGAGAGCGAGAGCUUGAGAGCACAACAACAAUGGCUGCUACCCAGCUUUUUGGUCCUCUGGUCUCGGCCACACCGAGUUCCACAUCUCCAACUCUCCAAAACGAAACCAAAACAAUCCCCACGGAUUCUUCUCCAAUUGGGUUACUCGAAAAAUGCAAGACCAUGGACGAACUCAAGCAAUUACACUGCAGCAUCACAAAGAAAGGUCUCAAUUACAGACUCUCUGCUGUAACCAAGCUUAUCGCUAACUGUUCCGCAAUGGGUUCUGUCGAAAGCUUGGAUUAUGCGCGAAAGGUUUUCGAGCUUUUUAGGGAAGACGAGGAGACCGGUGGCACCUUGUUCAUGUACAAUUCUCUGAUCAGGGGCUACUCUGCUGCAGGGCUUGGUGACGAGGCUGUUUUGCUUUAUGUUCAAAUGGUGGUGAAUGGAAUUCUGCCUGAUAAGUACACGUUUCCGUUUGUGCUGAGUGGGUGUGUGAAGGUUGAGGCAUUUCGUGAGGGGGCCCAGCUCCAUGGGACAAUUGUGAAGAUGGGUUUGGAGGAAGAUGUGUUUAUUGGGAAUUCCUUGGUACAUUACUAUUCUGAAUCUGGGGAUUUGGACAAAGGGAGGAGGGUGUUCGAUGGAAUGCCUGAGAGGAAUGUGGUGUCUUGGACUAGUUUGAUUUAUGGUUAUGCUAGAAGGGAGCUACCGAAGGAAGCUAUCUCUUUGUUUUUUGAGAUGGUGGCAUCGGGGAUUAGGCCGAACUCGGUUACGAUGGUGUGUGUGAUUGGUGCUUGUGCAAAGUUGAAGGAUCUUGAAUUGGGUGAGAGGAUAUGCAAUUAUAUUGGUGAUUCGGGAGUGAAGCUUAAUGCUCUCAUGGUGAAUGCUCUGGUUGAUAUGUACAUGAAAUGUGGAGCAACUGAGUCUGCAAAACGGCUUUUUGAUAAAUGUGUGGAUAAAAAUUUGGUCCUUUACAAUACGAUUUUGUCAAACUAUGUGCGUCAGGGUCUGGCUAUGGAAGCCCUCGCAAUUUUGUUUGAAAUGCUGCGACAGGGUCCAAAACCUGACAGGGUUACAAUGUUGUCUGCAAUCUCAGCGUGUUCACAAUUAGGUGAUAUUCUCUCUGGGAAGCGUUGCCACAAUUAUGCUUUAAGAAAUGGACUGGAGUGUUGGGAUAGUAUUUGUAAUGCCCUAAUUGACAUGUACAUGAAGUGUGGCAAACCAGAGACGGCCUGCAAAGUUUUUAAUCUUAUGCCAAAAAAAACAGUAGUGUCAUGGAACUCGUUGAUUGCAGGUUUUAUUAGAAAUGGUGAUCUGGAGUCAGCUAGGAGAAAUUUCAAUGAAAUGCCAGAGAGUGAUCUUGUCUCUUGGAACACCAUGAUUGGUGCUCUGGUACACGAGAGUAUGUUUGAGGAAGCAAUUGAACUCUUUCGAGUGAUGCAGAAUGAGGGAAUAAAACCAGAUAGGGUAACCAUGGUAGAGGUAGCAUCUGCUUGUGGGUGUCUAGGAGCUCUUGAUCUCGCUAAAUGGAUUCAUACUUACAUUGAAAAACACAAAAUUGAUUGUGAUAUUCGGCUAGGGACGGCAUUAGUUGACAUGUUUGCAAGGUGUGGUGAUCUGCAAAGUGCAAUGCGAGUCUUCAGUAACAUGUCAAAAAGGGAUGUCUCUGCUUGGACUUCAGCCAUUGGAGCAAUGGCAAUGCAGGGAAAUGGGGAACGGGCUAUAGAACUCUUUGAAGAGAUGCUUGGACAAGGGGUGAAACCAGAUGAAGUGGUCUUUGUGACACUAUUGACAGCAUGCAGUCAUGGAGGAUUUGUGGAACAAGGAAAGAAUCUAUUCAGGUCAAUGGAGGAAGUACAUAGAAUCUCCCCACAAAUUGUCCAUUAUGGAUGCAUGGUUGAUCUUCUAGGCCGAGCUGGGCUGUUGAGAGAAGCUAGAGAUUUGAUAAAGAGCAUGCCAAUGGAGCCCAAUGAUGUGAUUUGGGGGUCUCUCUUGGCUGCUUGUCGAACCCACAAAAAUGUCGAAAUGGCAGCCUAUGCAGCUGAAAGGAUAAAUGAGUUGGCUUCUGAGAGAACUGGCAUUCAUGUUCUUCUGUCAAACAUAUAUGCCUCGGCAGGGAAAUGGAAUGAUGUAUCAAAAGUGAGGUUGUCUUUAAAGGAGAAAGGGAUCUGCAAGGUUCCUGGAUCAAGCUCAAUAGAGAUUGAUGGAAUGAUUCAUGAGUUUACCUCCGGUGAUGACAGACACCCUCAAAAUAGUCACAUUGAAGUAAUGCUACAAGAGAUAAACUCUAGACUCAGAGAUGCUGGCCAUGUUCCCGAUUUAGCAAAUGUUCUGCUUGAUGUUGAUGAGCAGGAGAAAGAGUACUUGCUCAGCAGACACAGUGAGAAACUGGCAAUAUCUUUUGGGCUUAUCAGCACAUCUCAUGGAAUUACAAUUCGGGUUGUCAAGAAUCUUCGGAUGUGCUCUGAUUGUCACUCAUUUGCUAAGUUAGUUUCAAAAAUAUAUGACCGGGAAAUUGUUGUUCGAGACAAUAAUAGGUUCCACUUUUUCCGACAAGGGUUAUGCUCUUGUAGUGAUUACUGGUAAUAGUAUUCUUUUAGGAAGAAACAGAAUUCAUUUGUCAUACUAACUCACUCCGCUGUUAAUUGACAGGGAAAAAGUAAGCAGAACUGUUUGAUUUUUUAAGCAAGCAGGUUAUGGAUAGUAUUUCAGCACUAUUUCUUUGUUGUAUUCAAUACCUAGAAUAAAGAAAGAGGAAAAUAGCCUUGUGCACAGAAAGACGACCAGUUUCAAUACAAAUUCUAGUGAUCACUUCCCUCU